UAUUUCUCUCCCCUCUUCCUCUCUCGCUCCCCGUCCCCUUCUGUCUCCCCUCUCCCUCUUUCUUCUCUCCAUCUCUCCAUCCCUCUCCAUCCCCGUCUCUCCAUCCCUCUCCAUUUUUCCCUCUCCCUCCCUCUCUCCAUCGCUCUCCAUCCCUCUCUCCAUUUUCCCUCCCAUCCCCUCUCCCUCUCUCUCCCUCUCUCUCUCUCUCUCCAAUCUUCCCCGACCUCCCAUCCUCUCCCCGCUUCUCCCUCCCAUUCCCCCCCGGUUCCCCCAUUCCCGCCGCCCUCCCCCACUCUUCCCUGCCUGUUUUAUUAUUUUUUGGGGGGCCCAGCUGCCCGGAGGCCGCCCCCUCCCAGCCCCGUCGGGGAAGUUUUGCUUUGGUCAUUUUCACAAAGCCAGGCCGGUGGGGGGGCAGGUCCGGGCCAGCCAGCCAGCUCAGCGCUCGGAUGCUCUGGACCCCGGGCUGAUCGGUUGUGCCUUUCUCACCUACUGUGCCCGGGACUCUGCCAUCAAAGCUCAGACCGCCCUGCAUGAACAGAAGACCUUGCCCGGGAUGGCGCGGCCAAUCCAGGUGAAGCCUGCGGACAGCGAAAGCCGUGGAGGUAGGGACCGGAAGCUGUUUGUGGGGAUGCUAAACAAGCAGCAGUCGGAGGAGGACGUGCUGCGGCUGUUCCAGCCCUUCGGGGUCAUCGACGAGUGCACGGUGCUCCGGGGGCCCGACGGCAGCAGCAAAGGCUGUGCUUUCGUGAAAUUCUCAUCCCACACGGAGGCCCAAGCGGCCAUCCACGCCCUGCACGGCAGCCAAACCAUGCCGGGCGCCUCGUCCAGUCUGGUGGUCAAGUUUGCGGACACGGACAAGGAGCGGACGCUGAGACGCAUGCAGCAGAUGGUGGGACAGCUGGGCAUCCUGACCCCGUCUCUCACCCUGCCCUUCAGCCCCUACAGUGCCUACGCCCAGGCUCUCAUGCAGCAGCAGACAACUGUCCUGUCCACCUCGGGCAGCUACCUGAGCCCUGGCGUGGCCUUCUCACCUUGCCACAUCCAGCAGAUUGGUGCCGUCAGCCUUAACGGGCUGCCUGCCACGCCUAUCGCCCCCACCUCUGGAUUGCACUCACCGCCGCUGCUUGGCACUGCUGCUGUGCCCGGCCUCGUGGCCCCCAUUCCCAAUGGUUUCGCGGGGGUGAUGCCGUUUCCUGGCGGUCACCCCGCCCUUGAGACCGUCUAUGCCAAUGGCCUCGUGCCCUACCCAGCUCAGAGCCCUACGGUGGCUGAGACCCUCCACCCUGCCUUCUCCGGAGUUCAGCAGUACACAGCCAUGUACCCCACUGCGGCCAUCACGCCCAUCGCGCACAGCGUCCCCCAGCCGCCGCCCCUCCUGCAGCAGCAGCAGCGAGAAGGUCCCGAGGGCUGUAACCUGUUUAUCUACCACCUCCCUCAGGAGUUUGGAGACACGGAGCUGACGCAGAUGUUCCUGCCCUUCGGCAACAUCAUCUCCUCCAAGGUGUUCAUGGACCGAGCCACCAACCAGAGCAAGUGUUUUGGAGCCGGCCGGAGCUCAGAGGACGACCACCCUGCCCACCUCCGCGGCCCCACCCCGGUCUCUGCAGGCUUCGUGAGUUUUGACAACCCGGCCAGCGCGCAGACGGCCAUCCAGGCCAUGAACGGCUUCCAGAUCGGCAUGAAGAGGCUCAAGGUGCAGCUGAAGCGUCCCAAAGACGCGGGACACCCCUACUGACCCCCCACAGCCGCCCUGAGGCUGCGGGCUGGGCCCAGGUGAGGGGCGUCCCCACCCGGAGGGUUUCUGCUUCCCGCCGACCCUGGACAUUUCUGUAAAUGAAGCCGAGUUUGGACACCAGCCCCCCGCCCCCACUCCCCCCCCCACCCGCCGUCUCCCUGACCUGCUCCCCCGCACCUUCCCCUGCUUCCCCAAAUGUGAAACACCCCCCAAAGCCACCACCAGGAACUGGGAGACGGGGUUCCUGGGCUCGUCUGUGGGGUGGGGGUGGGGGGCCCUGGGCGUGGGGGGGUCCAGCGCCCCCUCCAGGGAACCUUCCCGCCCCGCGCCUCCCCCCCACACACAGCCUGCCCCAGCGGGCGGGCUCCCCACAAGGAAUGGCGACUUUUCCUAUAUAUAUACAUAUAUAGAGAGACAGAGAACUAUAUACAGUAUAUAUAUAUUUUUGAGUAUAAAUCAUGGGACCAAACUUUACCGACUUCCUUCGAUCCAAGAGAGGUGGCCCUGGGCUGGUCACUCGGCAGGGAUCUUGAAGGGCCGAGGCUGGCCGGGCCUGGGGCCCCCGCCCGCGUCCCCACCCCACACCCCCAUCUGCCCACGAGGCCGGGGCCCUGGAGAGCCCCGACACCCAUCGCCAAGUCCAAAACCUCCAGACACCCGGCCCUCGACCCCCGCAGCCGCCCCUGCCCCCCGCCCCGCGCCUCCGGGCCCAGCCAGCUCCUGUCCCUGUCCCUGCUGCAGUCUCCGAACCCCCCUCCGCCCCGCCCGCCCCCUUGUCCAUCCCUCGCGUCAGAGCCUUAUUCAUGUGACCAAUAGUCCUUAUCUUUCCGUCGGGGGGGGCACGGACAGGGUCGGGGGAGCCCCCACCCCAGGACCCCUCCCAAGUGCAGGCAGCCUCCCCCUGCCUGGCAUCACCAGCCUGGAAUCACGGUCCGUGAGCACGACCUUCACUCCGGGACAACCUCAGCGCACGGCCGCCGCUCCUCGAGCAGAUACCUCGGCAACCCCGCCCCGCCCCGCCCUCGCCCCGCCCCCAGCCCGCCCCUAGCUCCGCCCCAGCCUCGCUCCGCCCCGCCGCCCUAGCCCCGCCCCGCUCCGCCCACUUCGACCCGCUCCGCCCGCCUUCCUCCUCCUGCCCUCACGCCCUCCUGCCUGCCUCCUUCCUGCCUUCCUUCCUUCCUCCUUCCUUCCUUCCUUCCUCCCUUCCUUCCUUCCUUCUUUCCUUCCUUUAUUCCUGCCUUCCUUCCUUUCUUUCCUCCUUCCUUUCCUUCCUCCCUCCCUUCUCUCCCUCCUGCCCUCUCUCCCUCCUUCCAUCCCUCCCUUUCUCCUUCCUUCUUCCCCUCGUUUCUUCCUUCAUUCCCUCUUUUCUUUCCUUUCUCCCUUCCUUUCUUCCUUUCCACUUUCCCUCUCUCUCCCUUUCCCUUUUCCUCCUUCCUUCCUUCUCCCUCCUUCCUUCCUUCCUCCUUCCUUCCUUCCUUCCUUCCUUCCUUCCUUCCUUCCUUCCUUUCUUUUUCUAUCUUGGUCUUUCUGAACAGGUACAAAAGAAGAGAAAAGAAGGGGGGAAACAGGGUGGGGUGGGUGGGGGGGACGUCCAAUGCCAAUGGAUGUUUUUGUUGUUGUCGUUGUUUCCGAGUUGGGGUGGGAGGGAGAAUAUUGGGGUGCUCCUGUACAGUGGCCCGAGCCGUGAACACGCACUUCCGAAGCACAGAAUACAGUUCCCUGGGGUGCCCAGAGGCCGGGGCUCCUACUCAGGGAGGCCCCUGGGAAUUUCAUACGCUUGAUAGCAAGCGGAGGGGAAGAAAAAGAAAGAGAGAGAGAGAGAGAGA